UUGCAGAAGCUUGUAGUCCAAGUAGUGGAAGUCGUGUGUGUUUUCCACAGCCACAGUUAUUUGCAUCAUAGUUAUCAAUGUUUAUCAGAAAUUUUUGGAGGCGACAGGACGAGAAGUGACGCGGCUGCAACAAGUUUUGUAAAAAUGAAGAUAAACAUCGAGGGUCUGUUGGUGUAUUUCCCGUAUGAUUACAUUUAUCCGGAGCAGUACUCCUACAUGCUGGAACUGAAGAGGACAUUGGAUGCCAAGGGUCAUGGAGUUCUGGAGAUGCCCUCAGGAACUGGGAAGACUAUCUCGCUGCUGUCUCUCAUCGUUGCCUACCAGAGGGCCUUUCCACUGGAAGUGACCAAACUAAUCUACUGCUCCAGAACAGUUCCAGAGAUUGAGAAGGUGGUGGAGGAGCUCAGGAAGCUGAUGGAGUUUUAUUCCAAGGAGACUGGAGAGAGCAGCAACUUCCUGGCUCUGGCACUCUCAUCCAGGAAGAACCUCUGCAUCCACCCUGAGGUGAGCUGUCUGCGCUAUGGUAAAGAGGUAGAUGGGAAGUGCCACAGCUUGACGGCGUCAUACAUUCGCGCACAACAUCACAGCAACCCCAGCCUGCCGGUGUGUCGUUUCUAUGAGGAGUUUGAUGCAGUCGGUCGCUCCGUGCCCCUGGUUGCUGGCAUCUAUAACCUUGAUGACCUGAAGGACUACGGCAGGAGGAAAGGCUGGUGUCCUUACUAUCUGGCUCGCCAUGCAAUCCUUCAUGCCAACAUUGUGGUGUACAGCUAUCACUACCUGCUGGACCCAAAGAUUGCUGACCUGGUGUCCAAGGAACUGGCCAAGAAAUCAGUGGUGGUGUUUGAUGAGGCUCAUAACAUAGACAAUGUGUGUAUUGACUCCAUGAGUGUGAACAUCACUAGACGGACGCUGGAUCGCUGCCAGAAUAACGUAGACACACUGCAGAACACCAUACGCAAUAUAAAGGAGACAGACGCUGCCAAACUGAAGGAGGAGUACAGGCGGUUGGUGGAGGGGCUGAAGGAAGCCAACGUUGCCAGAGAAACAGACGUCUAUAUGGCAAAUCCUGUAUUACCAGAUGAGAUUCUUCAAGAGGCGGUUCCCGGCAGUAUUCGUACAGCAGAGCACUUUGUUGGUUUCAUGAGGCGUUUCCUUGAAUACCUGAAGGCCCGUCUGAGGGUCCACCAUGUUGUGCAGGAGAGUGCCCCUCAGUUCCUCAAAGACGUCUUUGACAAGGUCUGCAUCGACCGUAAGCCUCUGAGGUUUUGUGCAGAGCGUUUGCGCUCUUUGUUGCGGACUCUGGAGAUUGCAGACAUCACAGAUUUCUCACCUGUUACUCUCAUCUCCAAUUUUGCCACCCUGGUCAGCACCUACAGCCAAGGUUUUACCAUUAUCAUCGAGCCCUUUGAGGACCGAACUCCAACCAUCGCUAACCCUGUGCUGCACUUCAGCUGUAUGGAUCCUUCCAUCGCCAUCAAGCCUGUAUUUGAACGAUUCCAGUCGGUCAUUAUUACCUCUGGGACGCUCUCUCCACUCGACAUCUAUCCCAGAAUACUGGACUUCCGCCCUGUUACCAUGGCAUCCUUCACCAUGACGCUUGCACGGACUUGCCUCUGUCCCCUGAUUGUGGGUAGGGGAAAUGACCAGGUGGCGCUGAGCUCAAAGUUUGAGACCAGAGAAGACUUUGCUGUCAUCCGCAACUAUGGCAACCUGCUUCUUGAGAUGUCUGCCAUCGUUCCUGAUGGCAUUGUGGCAUUUUUCACAAGCUAUGUCUACAUGGAGAACAUAGUGGCAUCCUGGUAUGAACAGGGCAUCCUGGAGAACAUCCAGAGGAACAAGCUGAUCUUCAUUGAGACUCCAGAUGCUUCAGAGACCAGCAUGGCCCUGGAGAAAUACCAGGAGGCUUGUGAGAAUGGCAGAGGAGCCGUCCUUCUGUCUGUGGCCCGAGGAAAAGUGUCUGAAGGAAUAGACUUUGUACACCACUUUGGUCGGGCAGUGAUCAUGUUUGGAGUGCCAUAUGUUUACACACAGAGCCGAAUUCUCAAGGCCCGUCUGGAGUAUCUUCGGGAUCAAUUCCAAAUUAGAGAAAAUGACUUCCUGACAUUUGAUGCCAUGCGACAUGCAGCCCAGUGUGUAGGCAGAGCCAUCAGGGGCAAGACUGACUAUGGGCUCAUGAUUUUCGCUGACAAGCGUUAUGCCAGGGCAGACAAGCGUGGCAAGCUGCCACGCUGGAUUCAGGAACACAUGAGCGACGGCAGCCUGAACCUCACUGUGGACGAGACUGUGCAGCUGGCCAAGCACUUCCUGCGGCAGAUGGCUCAGCCUUUCAGACAGGAGGACCAGCUCGGUCUGUCUCUGCUGACCCUAGAGCAGCUGGAGUCUGAGGAGAUCCUGCAGAAAAUCACCCAGAUUGCUCAUCAGGCUUGAAGGUUACACACACAACAUGAUGCAGUCAUCAUGGCGCCAUUUGAAGAGGCUGGUGGCCACUGCUGCUAUGACAUGACAUGACAUGACAUGACAUCAUCAUCACCGCUGAGGAGCUCAGUGACCAGAACCAGUCAGUCAGUGUUGUGUGGUGUCUGUUUUGACUUGCCUGGAGUCGAGGCUCAGAAAGAGUUUGGUGAACUGUCAGUCACAAAAACUACAAUUAACUCUUCCACAUACUCCUUAACUUUCUUACAGUCAUUGUCCCAUGUAAACUCCACCCAUCUGGAACCAAAAGUAGGCUGACAGUGUUUCUGUGGCUAAAACAAACCAUGACAAGUACUGAUAUUUAAAAAAUAUAUUUUGGCCCAGAUGUAGUAAGUUUCAGUUCUGAUUUCUGACUGGAUGAUGACCAGCCAAGAUUAAAAUGUCUCUAAACCUGAGCCUCAUUAAAGCUGUUCAACACUCAUGUAUUUCAAAUAAGACAUCCACACUGAGUUUACAGAAUAAUUAACACCACUGCUGCCUGCUCCUGUCUCUCUGUUCUUCAACAUGUUAUUUUUUCAUUGACCAAACGUCGUUAUUAUGAUUUGCUUUACAUUAUUUUCUUUAUCAUUCAGAGGGAAGUGAACAUAAUGUAAAGUACCAUGAAAAAUUAUUUGUUGAAUCAUUGCUUUAAAAAAAAAAAAAGAGAAAGAGACUCCUCAAAAUUCCAUGACUUUCCAGAUGUUACGUGACCUGUGGGAGCCCUGGUAGGUGUUGAUGGAGAUCAGUACAAAGUGUUUUUAUACUAAAAAAAAAAAGGGGGGGGGGGGCAUUCAGCUCAGUCAUACAAAGAUGGGCCUAAUAUUUUAUAUUCUCAUUCUAUUCAGUAUUUCAAAUCACUCAGACAUUUACAAAGAGGGAAUGUGACAGAAAUAUCAAGAAAAGGAAUGACUGGAUUCUGUUACUUUAUGUUUUACUCCUCAGAAGGAUUCACUGGUUUGGUUUGGGACAACUUAGAUUAGUGUUAUUUUUCAGUCCAUUACAUAUGUCAUUUUGUUAAAAUGUUGCACUGAGAAGUAACGGAAACAUUUUGUCCCAAAAUGUCUUAUUCUGAAAACAUGCUUUGUUUUUUUGUUUGUUUUGUUUUUUUAAAUAAAGAGAAUCAGUUUGUCAGUUGCAUUAAAACUGUCCUAUCAGUGGUUGUUAUUCAGUCCAAACCAGUCAAUGUUGUGUCUGUCAUACAGAUAUGUAUCCAUUGUUACUUGUUUGCUUUGCUACUGCAACUGUACAUAGUCGCAUUUUGUAAUGAAAUCUAAUAUUUGUAUCUUUGUACCAACAAGGAGGCUGGGAAAUAAAUGCUUGUUUGUACUUUGA